AUGGAGGGAAGAACUCAUUCUCAUUAUCAUCAACCACCCCAUGUUGUGGUAGUUCCAUAUCCAAGUCAGGGUCACAUUAACCCUCUUCUCCAAUUCGCAAAACGUCUCUUUUCUAAAGGCCUCAAAUCCACCAUAGCCACAACCCGUUCCACUGUCAAGUCCAUCAAUGCAGCUGGCAUUCAGGUGGAGGCCAUCUCUGAUGGUUUCGGCCAAGGCGAAAUUCCUCAAGCCGGGAAAGAAGAUGUCUACCUCAGGGCUUUCAGAGAAAAUGGUUCCAGAACUCUGUCCCAAAUCAUUCACAAGUACAAGGAUUCUGACUCUCCAAUCACUUGUAUCGUGUAUGAUUCUUUCUUGCCAUGGGCUCUUGAUGUUGCCAGGCAACAUGGUAUCUACGGAGCAUCCUUUUUCACUAAUUCAGCCACAGUUUGUGCCGUUUUCUGUCACAUACAUCACGGCACCCUCACGUUACCUGCGAAACACGAGGAGAUGGAGUUGCCGUUAAUGUUGCCCGGCUUACCGCCCUUGAACUCCCCUGAUAUUCCCAGCUUCAUUAAGGCGCCUGAAAGCUACCCUGCUUAUUUGGCUAUGAAAAUGAGCCAAUUCUCCAAUUUGGAAAAAGCUGAUUGGAUCUUUAACAACAGCUUCCACGAAUUGGAGGCUGAGGCAGCCAAGAGUGUAUCAGAGCUCUGGCCUGCAAAGUUGAUCGGACCUAUGGUCCCGUCAGCUUAUUUGGACGGCAGGAUUGAGGGAGACAAGGGAUAUGGAGCUAGUUUAUGGAAGCCCCUCAGUGAUCAAUGCAUCAAAUGGCUUCAACAUAAGCCAAGGAGAUCAGUGGUUUUCAUAUCCUUUGGAAGCAUGGUAUCUUUAUCUGCUAAACAGAUGGAAGAGAUUGCCUAUGCCCUUAAAGCCGGAGACUUUAACUUCCUUUGGGUCGUGAGAGAGACCGAACGCAGCAAAUUUCCCGAGACAUUUAUGGAUUCAGUAGCAGGAAAGGGUCUGCUUGUGUCAUGGUGUAAUCAGCUGGAAAUGCUGGCACACCCAGCCAUCGGUUCCUUCGUCACACACUGUGGAUGGAACUCAACGCUUGAAGGGUUGAGCCUCGGAGUGCCAAUGGUGGCGAUGCCUCAAUGGUCUGACCAAAUGACAGAUGCUAAGUUCAUAGAGGAGAUAUGGGGUGUCGGAUUUAGAGCCAAGGAAGAUGAAUUUGGAAUCGUAAGAAGAGAAGAGCUGCUAUAUUGCUUGAAACAAGUUAUGGACGGCGAGAGAAGUCAGGAAAUAAGAAAAAAUGCCAACAAAUGGAGGGAAAUGGCAAAAGCGGCGGUUGGAGAACAGGGAAGCUCAGACCAGUCUAUUGAUGAAUUUGUGCAACAUUUGAAGGAUGAUGCUAAUAGAAAAAAAGGGGGUAGAAUGGCAGUUACAAGCAUGUAG